AGAACUCCACACUUGCUGGAGGCGUUGCAGCUGGAACAGCAGCUGAGUUCAUGCUGAUGCCCUAUGGCUGUCUUAUUGUAGGUUUCUGCUGUGGCGUCAUCUCCACACUUGGAUAUAUCUUUCUCACGCCAUUCAUGGAGAAGCACCUGAAGAUCCAGGACACGUGUGGAAUCCACAACCUCCACGCUAUGCCAGGAGUUGUAGGUGGCAUUGUGGGAGCCAUUACAGCUGCAUCUGCAUCUAUUGAAGUUUAUGGCCAUGAAGGGCUGGUUAACACCUUUGACUUUGAGGGUAAAUUCAAAGACAUGGUACCCACAACGCAGGGCGGUCACCAGGCAGCGGGCCUCUGUGUGGCGUUGUGCUUCGGCAUAGGUGGAGGCAUCAUUGUUGGCGCUAUCUUAAGGCUACCUAUCUGGGGAGAUCCUGCAGAUGACAACUGCUUUGAUGAUGAGACCUACUGGGAGGUCCCAGAGGAGGAGGAGAGCAUCCCAACAAUCCUGCAGUACAACAACCACGUGCAAAACAAAGAUAUCGCCGAGUCAAAUUUCACCAUGGAGUCGGAGUCCAGGGCUCGAUCUUAAUGGACAUCUGCCUUGUUUCCUAUCAUUCUCCCACUGGACAAAAAUGUUCAUUUCGUGCAAUUAAUGACCACUUGUCAGCACCAGCUGUUUUUCAUACAGUGAUAUGUUUGUCAGUAUGUUAUGACUGAAUUGUAUUUCAAAAUCUCGUUUUUUGUUUGAGUUAAAAACUACUGGAGGAGUAAUGUAUCUUCUGCUAGCUGAACACAUUAUUCCAUUUAAAUCAGCUGACAGUAGGUCAAACAUUCAGUGGGGGGAAUUACCUUGAUUUGACUCAUUUCAAAGUAAAGAGACCGGUAAAUUGACUUAUGUAAAUUCUCGUGUCGCUUGCAAUAAUACCUCUAAAGCUGACCUAAACUACUCAAGAGAAAAGUUUUGUCUUGUGCUUUGAACCACGUUGCGAUGCAUUUGUAGAAUCUCCUAUUCAACAUUUCUCCUGAUCCAAAUCUAAAUGAUUUUGGUCUGUGUGAUGUAAUGAACUGCAGGUAAAAUCUAAGAGUACACAACUUUUAGACAAACCUUUCUGUCAGCUUCCUUCAUUGUCUCAUUAGUUACAUCUGAAAAUGAUAUUUCCAUUAGAUGCAUUUGAGUAGGGUUUUUUUUUCUUUUGGUGUGUAUCUUCAUGGAGAAUUUUUACAAUGAGACGGGUAUUAAUCUUGAUACUGAUUGAUUUAGACCCAAGUUAUCCUGUGACAUUAAAGUAAAUAAAUGAAUACAUUUGGUAACGUGUUAUCACCACCCUCUUAUCAAGCAUUACAAAGAAUGAUGGAAAUGUAAAUAUGCAAUCACACAUAAGGAAUUUUAUAAAGUUAAUAUGCUGUUCUUUUCCCCUUCGUGCAGCGGCCUCUUCUUAUGAGUACUUUUAGAGUUAGCAACAAAGACAUUAGUCAACACCUUUUUGAUUGUUGGAUGAUUCCAGCUUAUCACAAUUUGCUAAUGGUAAAAUAGGCUAUAGAAGGAAUGUGUUACCAGAUAUGUUUAUUGAUAUUACUGAUCUGAAAAUUGGUUUUGUCAGAAGUUGAUAUUUGUAUUCUUAAACGUUCUACACUGAUUGUAUUGAUCGUAAUGUAAUUUUGGAAAUUAAAAGUUAUUAAGAAAGUG